CCUCAUUCGACCCGAUGGUUACCUGCUUCAACAACAUUGUGUGACGGGAGAAGUUUGCUCUAUUUUCUCUCUUUAAUCACUGCUUGCGCUUACGCAGCAGCUCCCCAUGUCAAUCUGUUAUCGAUAGAAUCAGGGCAUUUCCCUUCAUUUAGCCAUUCCUCGCCGCCUCGCUCGUUCCUUGCAGAAAGCCACUUUGAACCCCGGAUUGCCUCGCAUGGCGCCCCUCACUCCCCACGACGUUCGUCGGGGCAGAUACGCAAAGCUUGAUGCUCCAGCUGACGACGAGACUCCUACGCGCCCCUCCUUCGCGUCGGACUCUUCCUCAUACGAAGACCUCGAAGACUUCGAUCCUUACAACUACGAUGCUGGUACAUUGAAGCAGAAGAGGAGUACUGGAGAUCUUCGGUCACGAAAGCCAUCGUUCAAGGUCUCCGAGUUCUCGGAGAAAACACCGUUCCCGAGGAGGAGGCCCGCUUUCCUAAGAUACUGCUGCUGGAUGCUGUUGUUGUUCACAGCUACGACUGUACUCCUGCUUUCCGUUGGCGGUAUCUGGGCAUGGAACAGUGCGCCACAUGAUGGACAGAGCCCGCCGUGGUACCCAUCACCGAAGGGUGGUGCGGACGCGCUAUGGAGUGAAAGCUAUAGGAAGGCGGCAGAAUUGGUGAAGCAAAUGACGCUCACGGAGAAGGUCAAUGUCACUACUGGCACUGGAUGGUCAACGCAAAUGUGUGUUGGUAACACGGCCCCUGUCCCUCGUCUGAAGUUCCCUGCGCUGUGUCUUCAAGAUGGACCUCUCGGUAUUCGAUUCGGCGACAACAUAACCGCUUUCCCAGCAGGUGUCACGGUGGGAGCGACGUGGAAUAAGAAGCUGAUGUACCAGCGUGGUAAAGCACACGGUGAAGAAGCCAAGGGCAAAGGUAUCCACGUCUUGCUUGGUCCCGCAAUGGGCCCCUUGGGACGUAUGCCAGCUGGUGGUAGGAACUGGGAAGGUUUCGGUUCCGAUCCCGUUCUGCAGGCCGUCGCAGCCGCCGAGACCAUCAAGGGAAUUCAAGAUGCAGGUGUCAUCGCGACAGCGAAGCAUUACAUCGCGAAUGAACAGGAGCAUUUCAGACAGGCCCGCGAGUGGGCGUUGCCUAAUGCUAUCUCUAGCAACAUCGAUGACCGGACCAUGCACGAAGUGUACGCAUGGCCAUUCGCCGAGUCCGUCCGGGCUGGAGUGGCAUCAGUCAUGUGCUCGUAUAAUCAAGUCAACAACAGCUAUGCAUGCCAGAACAGCAAGUUGCUCAACGGUAUCCUCAAAGAUGAGCUUGGUUUCCAAGGAUUUGUGCAGUCUGACUGGCUCGCCCAGCGUAGCGGCGUAGCAAGCGCCCUCGCUGGCCUCGACGUCACUAUGCCUGGAGAUGGCCUGAAAUGGUCAGAUGGCAAGAGCUUGUGGGGCCCAGAAUUGACCAAAGCCGUCUUGAAUGGCAGCGUUCCCACCGACAGGCUGAAUGAUAUGGCAACACGUGUGGUUGCUGCAUGGUAUCAGCUUGGACAAGACAAUACAGAGGAAUGGCCCCUACAGCCUCCUGAUGGCGAGGGCGGGCCAAACUUCUCCUCGUGGACUUAUGACGAAAUAGGUCUCCUCCACCCUGGCACCGAUGACAAGGCGGUUGGUGUUGUCAACAAAUUCGUGAAGGUGCAAGCUGACCACAAGAACAUUGUACGGCAGAUUGGUGCCGAGGGCACUGUCUUGGUCAAGAACGAGGACAAUGCUCUUCCUCUCAGUCGCGAUGGCGCAAAGGUCAAGCCCCAGGCAAAGUAUCGUGUUGGUGUCUUCGGCGAGGACGCCCGUAACAACCCCGAUGGAAUCAAUGCCUGCAAGGAUAGAGAUUGCAACGUAGGCACUCUUGCCUCCGGUUGGGGCUCUGGAGCCGUCGAUUUCCCCUACCUGAUCGAACCAGUCUCUGCGAUCCGCAAGGCUUUCAAUGAGGAAGCCGUCUAUGUGACCGACUGGGUUGAGAACAAAUUGCCAAAGGAAAAGGAAAUUCUUGAAGACCAAGAUCUCUGCAUUGUCUUCGCCAACUCAGAUGCCGGCGAGGGUUACACGAAAUGGGAAAAGGUCCGCGGUGACCGCAAUGAUCUCAACCUCCAGAAGGGCGGUGAUGAGCUCAUCAAGCAAGUCGCCGAUGGCUGUGGUGGAGGCAAGGGGAAGGUCGUGGUGGUCAUCCACACUGUUGGUCCCGUGAUACUUGAAAAGUGGAUUGAACACCCGAACGUCAAGGCGGUUCUUAUUGCCAAUCUACCCGGUCAAGAGUCUGGCAAUUCGCUUGUCGAUGUUCUCUUCGGCGAUGUCAACCCCUCUGGCCGUCUGCCGUACACAAUCGCGAAGAACGAAGAUGACUACGGCCCAGGCAGCAAGGUCAAAUACUACCCCAACCCCAAGGACGGACUUGUCCCUCAACAGAACUUCUCCGAAGGACUUUACAUCGACUACCGUUACUUUGACAAGAACGGCAUUACGCCUCGCUACGAAUUUGGCUAUGGUCUCUCAUACACCAAGUUCCACCUGUCGUCUCUGGCCAUCUCAAAGACACAGAAAUCCCCUUUGCCGAAACCUCGACCUUCUGGAAUCGAGCCACCGAGCUAUCCCACCGACAUUCCCGAUCCAUCAAGCGUCUUGUACCCGUCCGGCUUCAGGAAGCUUGAUAAAUACAUCUACCCCUACCUCUCCUCUGUCGACGAAGUUGGAAAACCCGAGGUACAAACUUCGCAACCGCAGAGCCCUCUCAGCAAUGCCGGUGGCGGCCCGGGAGGAAACCCAGAUCUAUACACGACUGUUGCCAGCGUGACUGCUACGGUAUCGAACAUUGGCGACGUAGACGGCGACACUGUUGUGCAAAUCUACGUUGGUUUCCCCAAGGACUACAAGGACCCCGAGACUGGCGAGCACGUGGAUUUCCCUGUGCGGGUCCUCCGCGGGUUCGAGAAGGUGCAUCUCCCGCACGGUGGAGACAAGAGCAGCCAGGUGGUGACGUAUGAUCUUACGAGGAAGGACUUGAGCUACUGGGAUGUGAAGAGGCAGAAUUGGGUGAUGCCGACGACGGGCGAAUUCACCUUCUGGGUUGGAUUUUCGAGCCGCAACCUCGUGUUGGAAGGAAAGUGGUGAGGCAUUGGUGACAUGUGAGGAAGAUGUGUUUGGAGAGAAGCGGAUUCGUCGAUCUGAAUGAUGCUGCUGUUUCUAAGGUGUUUACGCUGUACAGUUAGAGGCUGGAACUAGAAUCACGUCGGUUUGAAUAUGUAUAUGUAUGUGCAUUAUCGUUCGUUUUGAGGAUCAGCAUGUGAGAGACAUAACUUCUAAGAGAUAGUUGCCUGUAUAUCUAGAUACUCGUAGGAUUGCGGAGAAUGAGAGAAUUAUAAAAUAAACGUCACUG